UAUACACACACACAUCUAUCCUCAUCCCAAUUUCUUCUCCUCUUGGAACCCUGAUCAUCAUCGUCAUCAUCAAAUACAGGAAAUCCUAUAAUUACUCUACAUCCAUAAUAAUAAAAACUUGAUUUCUGCAAUAUUGUAGCUGAAUGUGUACCGAGCCAUGAAGGGACUUUUCAAGCCAAAACCCCGGACGCCUGCGGAGCUUGUGCUCCAAGCACGGGACCUUCUCAAGUUUCUCGACCAGAAUACCGAGACUCGCGAACGCAAACGCGAGGAAAAGAUGUCUGAGCUGAGUAAAGUAAUUCUGGAGAUAAGGGUAGUUUUAUUUGGGAAUGGAAAAGCAGAGCCGAAUCCUGAUGCUUGUGCACAUUUGGCUCAGGACUUCUUUAAGCAUGACACUUUCCGCCUUCUCAUUCUCUCUCUCCCAAAACUCGACUUGGGGGCACGUCAAAAUGCUACUCAUGUUAUAGCAAAUUUGCAGAGGCAACGAGUUAGCGGGCGCUUGAUUGCUUCCGAGUAUCUGGAAAAUAAUUUAGACCUUAUGGAUAUUCUGCUGCCUGGUUAUGAAGACGGUGAGAUUGCUAUAACAUAUGGUGCAAUUUUGAGGGAGUGCAUACGCCAUCAGAUUGUGGCAAGGUAUGUAUUGGAAACAGAGCACCUGAAGAAAGUUUUAACUUAUGUACAGAUUCCAAAUUUUGACAUAGCGUCUGAUGCUCAGGCAACUUGUAAAGAGCUCCUGACGAGGCAUAAAUCAACUGUUGCCGAAUUUCUUUCUGUAAAUUAUGACUGGUUUUUCCAAGAAUACAAUUCACAAUUGCUUGAGUCUCCCAGUUACAUAACCAGACGGUAUGCUGUCAAGCUGUUGGGAAACAUGCUACUUGACCGCUCAAAUUCUGCUGUGAUGGUUCGGUAUGUGAGUUCAUUGGACAACAUGAGGAUCUUGAUGAAUCUUUUCAGGGAUCCAAAGAAGACAAUGCGGCUGGAAACCUUUCAUGUGUUCAAGUUAUUUGUAGCAAAUCAAAAUAAACCUCCUGAGAUCAUCAGUGUACUGGUUACAAAUAGAAGCAAGCUUCUUAGGUUUCUAGGCGACUUCUGCAUUGAUAAAGGGGAUGAACAAUUUGAAGCUGACAAAGCUCAAGUCAUCAAAGAGAUUGCUACUCUAGAAAUCAAUGAUCGUUCAUGCACAGAUGCACAUGAUUGCGAGGUUGAAUCUUAAAUUUCCCUUUGAUUUACAACAGUUUUUGCAUUUGAAAACUGUUUAGAAUCUAGUUUAUGUUUAUCUAUGGUCUUUGUUAUAUCUGCUUGAAAUUGUACAAGAGUUUUCCUAUUUCAUAUCGAUAUACGUUGGUUCUGUUUAGAUAUAAAACGUAUUCCAAGUAUUGCUCCUCAA